AUGAAGUUUAAGUUGUAACUAAUUGAUUUAGUACCUUAAUUUACUUUAUUUGGUUAUUUUCUGAGUCUCCGAGAUGGAUUAUUAAGAAUGGAGAAGAGGAUCAUGCUAAAAGAAUUCUUCCUAACAUGAGAGGCGUAGAAAGGGGCAAGCAAGAGUUUAGCGAGAUUGUAGAUGCCAUGAAAUUUGAACAAGAUUCUGCUUUAUCUCCUAGCUAUUGGCGUAUGUUUCCCGGAUAUUUCCCUAGCAAGGUAGUAAGAAGUCUGCCAAAGCCAAAACACUUCAUAUUGCACGGCGUGUACAAAUAGUUAUGGAUGCAAAUUUUCCAAGAAUGGGUUGGGAUAGGUGGUGUUACAGUCUAUCAACCGGAAAUAUUAAAGCAAGCUGGAUUUGGAACCCUUAAAUCUGCUUGGUUGAGUGGAGUCAACAGUAUAUUCUACUGUAUAUCUACAUUGGCCAAUUUCUUUCGUGGAUAG